GUGAUACAGCCGCCGCCUUUUGUACACCCAUUGCCCUCCCUCGUGACAUCCUGUGCAAGACCAUGGAUGCUCUACAAAGGCGUGCAACUGCCCAUCGAUUCUUGCUUGCUCGCGUCUGCUAAAGUGUAGAAAGAACGAAGCAAACUCACUCACAGAAUCCAAUCACGCAACAACAUGUCUCAUUGCAACGAGCCGUUCGGGGGUAUACGGACCUCACCCUUCCUCACUCUCUUCCCAUGGCUGACGAAAUCCUGCAGAUACAGACGAGUACUCCUACCGCUCGACCGACGCCUCGACCGACCCCAGGCGCCGCGUACAGCAGGAGACAGAACCCGAUCCGCAAAGCGACACGCGCGAAUCGGGAGACCAGGAGCAGCCGCAGACCAGCGCUUUCGACGACGACGACGACGAAGACGAAGACAUGGAAGGCGAGGAAGACCCCGCGACCCAGACCUCGACUACAACUGGAGAAGGCCAGCAUCAUCACCACCAUCCCACUCAAGGCCACAUUACCGUGCCCAGCCACGAUGACGAUGACGCUUCCCGUGGCGCUGGCACCGGACUCGAGAACGUCGAGCGCGGCCGCGAUACGAGUGGGUCUACUAGCUUCCCGGCUACGACUACAUCGUACAGUCACGACGAUAGCUUCACGACGCGCGACGGGUACGCUGGCGUGCCAGCUGGUGUGGGUGUAGGCGGUGGGUCUGGGAGGUUUGGAGACGAUGACUCGUUCGUUGAACCCCUUCCUUUCCGUCGUGCGAUGAGCGGUGGAAGGUGUUGUGCUGACUGCUUCUUCGGUAGUGAUGAGCGUGGGCGGGAGGGUAGGAAGGGCGACUCGACUCUUGGGAAGCUUGUGGAGAAGACCGGGAGUGCAGUUGGGAGCGCGAUGUUGGUGGAGAAGGGGCGGGAGAAGCGCGAGCAGAAGGGUGCUGGUGAGGGGGAGGAUGGAGGGCAUGCUAAUUGAGAGCACUGUUUGUUGAUGCAACCUCCUGUCGUCUCUGGAAGACGACAUGGCCGCGGUGAUG